AGGCUCCAACCCCGCCCAUUUCACCUCACCACCAUUGCUAGCUUAGCCGUCGUCCUUAGCUUGCUGCCGAGGCCGCCGCCGCCGCCGAGCCAUGGGGAGGAGGGCGCACGCGAUGCUGUUCCCGUUCCCGUGCUCGGGCCACAUCAACCCGACGCUCAAGCUGGCGGAGCUGCUGCACGCGCGCGGGGUGCACGUGACCUUCGUCAACACGGAGCACAACCACGAGCGGCUGAUGCGGCGGCAGGGCGCGGCGGCGGCGGGACUGCGGGGGCGGGAGGGGUUCCGGUUCGAGGCGGUCCCCGACGGGCUGUCGGACGAGGACCGGCGGGGCCCCGACCGGACGGUGCGGCUGUACCUGUCGCUGCGGCGGAGCUGCGGCGCGCCGCUGGUGGCGCUGGCGCGGCGGCUCGCGGCGUGCGACGACGGCGCCCCGCCCGUCACCUGCGUCGUGCUCAGCGGCCUCGUCAGCUUCGCGCUCGACGCCGCCGAGGAGAUCGGCGUGCCGGCGUUCGUGCUCUGGGGCACAAGCGCCUGCGGGUUCGUCUGCACGCUCCGCCUCCGGGAGCUCCGGCAGCGGGGCUACACGCCGCUCAAAGACGAGAGCUACCUGACGAACGGGUACCUGGACACGCCCAUCGACUGGAUCGCCGGGAUCCCGCCGGUGCGGCUGGGCGACGUCUCCAGCUUCGUCCGGACGCUGGACCCGCAGUGCUUCUCGCUGCGCGUGGAGGCGGACGAGGCCAACAGCUGCGCCCGGGCGCGGGGGCUCAUCCUCAACACGUUCGAGGACCUGGAGCCCGACGUCCUGGACGCGCUCCGGGGCGAGUUCCCGCGGGUGUACACCGUCGGGCCCCUGGCCGCCGCCAUGCACGCCGCGCAGGGCGACGACGACGCCGGCGGCGGCGCGCCCGGGCUGAGCCUGUGGGAGGAGGACGCGGCGUGCAUGGCGUGGCUGGACGCGCAGGCGCCCGGGUCCGUCCUGUACGUCAGCUUCGGAUCCCUGGCCGUGCUGUCGCCGGAGCAGCUGGCGGAGCUCGCGUGGGGGCUCGCCGCCAGCGGGCGCCCGUUCCUCUGGGCCGUCCGCCCGGGCCUCGUCGCCGGGGACCGCGGCGCCGACGCGCUGCCGGAGGGCUUCCUCGCGGCGACCCGGGGCCGGUGCCUCGUCGCGGCGUGGUGCGCGCAGGAGCAGGUGCUCCGGCACCGCGCCGUGGGCGGGUUCCUGACGCACAGCGGGUGGAACUCCACGGCGGAGAGCAUCUGGUCGGGCGUGCCCAUGGUGUGUUGGCCCGGGUUUGCCGACCAGUACAUCAACGCCCGGUACACGUGCGGGGAGUGGGGCGUCGGGCUCCGCCUGGACGAGGCGCUGCGGCGGGAGCAGGUGGCGGCGCACGUCGAGGAGCUCAUGGGGGACACCGCCCGGGCCCGGGAGAUGCGGCGCAACGCGGGCAGGUGGAAGGCCGCCGCCGAGGCCGCCACGGCGCCCGGCGGGUCCUCGUACAAGAGCCUCGGCCGGCUCGUCGAGGAGCUGCGGCUGGGCGACGACGGUGAGGACCCGUCGGGACGCACGUGAGCACGCGCACGACCUCGCUCGCUUCUGGUUACCUGGUUUCGUGCACGCAGUGUUUCGUUCCAGCUCCGCCAGAAAGAACUCAGGCAUAUGUAUCUCACCCUGCUAGUGGGCUGGAUUGUUUUGGGUUUAUUGGAUCGGUUAUUAAGUGGGCCUUACUGGUGUGGUGGGAAUGGAUCCUAGGAGCUAUUGGAUUGUGUUGGGUUGGGUAUUCACUGAGUGCAGUUUGGGUACGGAUCAGUGUGGAUCGAGUGAUGGGUUGAGUCCUCCUCAGUUUCACGCAGCCGCCGCCCUCGACUCGACACCAGCCGUCUGCGCCGGCCGCCCUCCUCGCCGGCAGGCCGCACCGGCCGGCCUACCCGACAUUCGCGCUCCGCGCCGGCCGUCCUAUCCUCCAUCCGUGACGGCCUCCCUUCGUGCCGGCCGUCCUACCCGCCAUCCGCAACGGCCGCCCUCCGCGCCGGCUGCCCUCCGCCAAGCACAACACCAAGGACGACUGCUGGCAAGAACCCAGCGAAGAAUAAAGUGAUCAACUGUGAUGCCGCACUCAAAAGCUUGUUUGGUGGGAGGGACAAGGUUGGGAUGCUGGAGAUCCCAAAGCUACUGAACCCUAACUUCAUGAAGAACUAAUAGAAGCAACAGAUGGCACCAACGAUGGAGCUUUCGUCUAAGACUUUAUUGAAUGGCCUCUUUUGUGAUCCAGUAGGUAGUUAAGCCAAAGUUGUGUGAUGGCGUCAAGAAUUCGUAUUUGUGUUCAUCUGUUGGGUUUGGGGCGUGAUGCAUGUAAAAAGGAUUCCCAGUGUUAUCGCUACUCUUGUGAUGUGGGAAAUGUUAGUCUGCUGAUGGCACAUCUUAAUCGAAUGUUUAUGCCUGUCUUAUUGCAGUGAAAAUGUGAAAUGAUUUGUGAUCAA